AUGAACGAAUUGGACGCAGUGCUACGGGAAGAUUCCGGGGAAUUGCCUUACUUCUACACGCUUCCCAAAGUGCACAAAAAUCCCGUCAAGUGGAGACCGGUUUCGGCCACCCACAGGCCCCAUACAUGCAACAACCAGCUUACCAGCAUCCCCCGGUUCAACAGCCUUAUGCGCCUAUUCACACUCCCGCACCAGCCCCUCCGGCUCCCACCCUGGCGCCGCAACAGGCUCCGCCUGAGACGUACCCUCCGGCGGCAGCUGGUCCCCCGUUUGGACCGACAGCACCUGCUCAGGCGCCCAUACAGGGACCUCCUUUCAGACCACAGACGGAACAGGAGACCUGGAACAGUUCCGGACAGCCGGAAUGGACGGAACAGUGGGGACCGGAACCGCCCAACGCGUGGCGGAACCCCCCGAGAUAUAACGAGGGCCCGAGUGCGCGGACCUGCGCCUGAUAACCAAAACCAGUGGAACAACCCCCGCGGAAGAGCCCCCAGUGGGAACGCUCAGUUUCGAGGCGGACCGGGCCCAAUCCGUGGAGGAUUCUUUCCUCAGAUGAACCAGCGCACGACCGGCCCACGUGCUCCGUACGUCCGACCAUCAGCACCGGCCCCUCGAAACCUCACCACCCUGCGUCAGGCAGACAUGCCAAUCUUCACCACCGUUGAAGGCAAACUCACUGAGCUCUGCGUCUUCACUGCACGCAACCAGCCUUGUACCCGCACCAACUGUGCAUACUCGCACGAACCGAAGGACAAACGGGUCUGCCGUCACUACUGGACGAAGGGCCUUUUCUGCUCCGACGACGCAGCGUGCCUGCUCGGACACCAUGAGGCGCUUGCGGCGGUCAAGCUGCAAAGAUCAUUCCGCUCGAUGGCCAACCAGGGCGCCGGUGGCGCCAACGUAGCAAACCAGGGCGGCGGAAACAUUCAAGGCGGCGGCGCGACAAUCAACGGCGGCGGCGUCGGCGGCGCGGCGAACGGCGGCGUCGGCGGCGCGGCGAGCGGCAACAUCGCGGCGAGCGGAGCCCUGGCGGGAAAUGGACGGGCGAACGACGGCAGCGGAAACGGAGACAACGACCGGAACCCCUUCCUCAUCCCCCUAGCCCCAUCCCCUACCCAAACUUACCCUCCCGGAAACCUGACACUUGCACCCCCCAACGGAAACGGAAACACCAUCCCCAAAACCCCAUCAACCAAAACCUCGCUACCGCGCUCGCGGCCGCGUCUGGCCCCGCACUCGCGGGCGCGCCCGCGGCAGGCGCGCUUUCCGCACCCGCGGCCGCGACCGCGCUCGUAG